UUGAACUUGUUAUGAAAAAAAAAAUUCUAAUUGUACGAACUUUGGUUUGCGAAUGAUGUUUUGCAAUUAGAAAAUCAAAGGUCACGCUUAGAUGAUAUACAUACAUGUCAGUAAAAUUCAGUUUUGACUAUUGAAUGUCUGAGCAUGUUGUCGACAGAAGAUCAUCGAAACGAAAGUUAAAUGUGUACUGAAUUACAAGGAUCAAGGUACCAGAAUAACACAUUUCAAGCAAUUCGAGUAAGCCGUUCCUUCAGCAUGGCAGCAAAUGUUAGAUCUUUUGAAGCUAUAAAGAAAGAAAGAUUUAAGGAUGAAAACUGUCCGACACCAACAUCUGAAGAACAGAUGAAGGUGGAGGAAUCAGUAGAACAGCUUUUUGAUUUGUUUUCAAAAAUAGUAGAAAUUGAUCUAGAUGCACCUACACUGUUAAGGCUUCAUCAUGCAACUUUUCUCAAGAAGUCCCUUACUUAUUUGCCCAAUGCUUAUCAGUGUCUAGAUGCUAGUCGCCCAUGGCUUUGUUACUGGAUAUUGCAUUCCUUGGAACUAUUGGAUGAAACUUUAGCAACAGAAGAUAUCUCUAAGAUAGUUCAGUUCCUUGGAAAGUGUCAGUGUCCAGAGGGAGGAUUUGCUGGAGGUCCAGGCCAAUUCCCACACUUAGCUCCUACCUAUGCUGCAGUGAAUGCCCUUUGCACAUUGGGAACAGAGGAAGCAUACAGCAUCAUUGACAGGGAACAGCUGCAAAAGUUUCUCUGGUCUGUUCGUUCUCCUGAUGGAGCGUUUAUGAUGCAUCCUGGUGGAGAAGUGGAUAUUAGAGGGGUAUACUGUGCAUUAGCUGUUGCCAGGCUUGUCAAUAUUUACACAGACGCCCUGUUUGAUAACUCAGCUAGCUGGAUUAUCAGUUGUCAGACAUAUGAAGGAGGUUUCUCUGGUUCACCAGGUAUGGAGGCUCAUGGUGGUUAUGCAUUCUGUGGUCUUGCUGCUCUUUCACUGUUAGGAAAGGAGCAACUUUGUGACAUGAAGUCUUUUCUGCGGUGGAUUGUGAACCGCCAAAUGCGAUUUGAAGGUGGCUUUCAGGGCCGUACAAACAAGCUUGUGGAUGGUUGCUACUCCUUUUGGCAGGGUGGAGCAUUUCCUUUGCUACAUAGAAUACUAAUGCAGGAAGAUGGAAAUGCAGUAAGCAUGGAACGAUGGUUAUUCCACCAGGAAGCUCUGCAAGAAUACGUCUUGAUCUGUUGUCAAAAUUCAUCAGGGGGCCUUGUUGACAAACCAACAAAGCCACGGGACAUCUAUCACACAUGUUACACACUAAGUGGCCUGUCAGUGGCACAGCAUUUUGUACACGGAAAAGCAAAUAUUGUGGGAAAUCGAAACAAUGAGCUUGCACUAAUACAUCCUGUAUAUAAUAUUGGGCUAGAAGCAGCGCUGAAUGCAUUGCAGUACUUCCAGCGACUGCACAUACCUCAGAGACAACCUUCAUGAAGAUAACUGUAAUGCUAUAUCAUUGCAGUCACAGAGUUUCUGCAAAGUCAGACAUUAGGCAUUAUUAUGUUAACAGAAUAAAGCCUAUGGGAUGUUAGAAACUCAUUUUUAAAAAAUGGAAUUGUAACGAAUAUUUUGUUCGUGUUGGAGUUUACAUUUAUAUGUAAUAGGAGAAGUUGAGGCUUCCUUACAAAAGCGAAAUUGUGAAGUUAUAAAAUAAACAGUGAAUCACAAUACUUACAGGUUACAAAGUAUACACUUGUCUUUUCAGACUCUCACUGGUUAACCCAGUUUCAAGUACCUAUGGAUGAAAUUUUGAAGUUUUUGUUUUCUUUUUUUGGGGGGGGGGGUGUUACGUUUGCAGUGAAUAAGAAAUGUACUCACUCAAAGACAAUGGUUACCAAUCUUAAAAACCUGGCCUCCAGUUCCAUGAUCUGGGUUGUACGUUUAGCAGCCUGGAAAACAGUGAAGAGCAUAAAACGAAAUGAAAUAACAGGUUGAUGGCCAGAGAAGUAAACUUGUCUUUAAUAGUAUUGGUUUAUAAUAGCAGGGGUAUAUGUCAUGCAGAAUUGUAGAUUUAUGGCCAGUUUCAAGGUCUUGUUCCAGAAUUUAUUGAACUCACUGAGGAAAAGAAUAAACAAUUUGACUGCACUUGGUACAAAUUGUAUAUAUAUAAUUGGCUGUUAGAAUGAGUAUAUGAAUUACAACUUUUUGAGGACUGGGAAGAAGGCAAUCUUGGCGUGUUUCCAAGUAUCAGUGUGGUAUAAAUAAUCUCCAUCUAGAAACCAUAGUUCUUUAUCUAGUUACUGUGUGAAUGAGUCUAAAAUGCAGUUUCUGAACAGUAAAGGAAAAUAUAGUUAUUGUCUUUUUGGACAUUAUCCCUCAUCCUGUUUUUUAUUUAAAACUCUUGUCCGAAAAGUAAAUAAUUUUGUUAAUAUACCAUGAUCACAAACUUUUAGAUCUUACUUAGUAAAGGCAAACAUCAAUUUUCUAGAAAUAGUCCUUCCUAUCAGAAGGAUGUAUGUGAUAUAAGUUUACUUUGUGAAGCUCAGUAAACCAUGUUCAACACAUUAUUUGAUUUGGUUUAAAUUUAACAAUUCAUGCCUAAAAAUCUGUAAUGUAAGAUACAUUCCUGAUAGGCCAUUUAAGCACACAUUCAAACUUGUCUCUAGAAGUGUCAUUAAAAUAUGUGCUCAACAUAGUGAAAAAGUAGACCAUACUCUGAAAAAUAAGUAAAACUUGUGAGUAUAACUCUGACAUGAAGGUACUAACUAUAUAAAACAUAUAUAAAUCUGAAGAUAUCAGUGGUAUUUUUCAUAUGUGGAUAGUCUAGCAUUUUAACAUGUUCCAAAAAAUGUUCUGCGAAGGCCUUAAAUUACAAUAAUUCAUGUCACUGUUACCUGCUUUAAAGUGUGUGAUCUGUUUUCUUUGUGAUACAAGUAUGUAGUAACCACUGUGUGGAUUUCAGUAUUGAAUAUCUGAGUACUUUAAACUAUGGUAGCCUCAGAUAUUUAACAAAUCAUACAACUUCGAGAGUCAUACCCAUCACAGCUAACAUGGAAGUAAAGUUUAGUAGCAUAAACAAUUACAGUCUGAAGUAGAGAUUGUUUGAAUAUUUUCAUUCUGAUUUGUUAUUUAAUAGAACUGCAUCUGUCUGUAUAAAGUUAUUUUGUGUUAAUAUUAGAGAUGGUGAAGUUUAAAUGAAACAUAUGGUAAAGUCCCUGUAGGUAAAUGUUUAUCUAAUAAUUUUCCUAUCCAAAAUGGGCUAAAACAAGGAGAUGCUUUAUUGCCACUGUUUUUCAACUUUGCUUUAGAAUAUGUCAUUAAGAAGGUCCAGCUUCUGGUCUCUGCUGAUGAUGUGAAUCUACUGGGAGAUAACAUAGAUACUAUAAAGAAAAAAAAAACUUUAAUUGGCGCUCGUAAUGAGGUUGGUCUGAAAGUAAAGGCAAAGAAAACUAAAUGUGUGUUGCUGUCUCAUCACCAAAAUGUAGGACAAAAUUAUAAUAUAAUGACAGCUAAUAGAACCUUUGAAAAUAUG